AUGUAUUUUAAGGGAAAAAAUAUCAUAUUAAGGUUAAUUUUAAACCUAUCGCUGCUGCUACCGGUUAGCUUAAGUGACUUGAGUUUAGACGAGUUGAUGUUGCACCGCAGUCGAAGGCAGUUAUUGUUCCCCAACUCGACAUUGUUGCAAGUCAACAUAGGCGUAGGAACACCAACCCCCAUAAAAACCAUAAACGUGAAUUGGGCUAUCCAAUGCAACUUCCAGCUGCCAUGGAAUCGAACUCAAAUACCAGUUGACAUUUUCGGAGCCAACAGCGGCUAUGUUGGCACUGCUAGGAAGAAAAGAGAAGCUCAUGAGGAUUACACGAAUGAUGCGAAGCUGUACCACUUUUAUCAGUACGUCGAGGAUAUGUUAAGCAGCUUCGGAUACAAUGGAACAUCGUGUGUUCUCCGAACGUUAUGUCAACUUGGGACUGAACCUCUUCAGGCUACAUCAGACGAGGAUCUGCUACACGAAAUCGCAUCUUUUACACUAAACCCACUGAAUGAUGGAUUAGAGGAGAGCACCGAAGAUUCAGCACCUUACAUCCAUGCAUACGAAGCCGGCAGAACUUAUCAAGAUUGUUUUGCUAUGUACAAUGAUUGUCAUAUAUCUCUCAUAGAUGUAUUUACUAGUUUGCAUUAA